AUGUCAAGUGCAGGCCGCUUGCCGCAGACAGCGAGCGAACUCGAGGCGCUUCCAUGGUGUCGCGCUCUCCUCACAAGGCCCAGGAUCACGACCUUCACUCCGCAAUCGCGCGACCCGGAGAACACCAAUCCGCACGACAGAUUCUUCGGCAAGACACUCAACCAUUCGGAGGGUAUACCAGCAUGUAUCAGCUUCUAUCCCGAGAGCUCAGGAAAAGCUGUCAUCACUGAACUUUCAACCCUUUUCGCGCUCUCACAAGGAACCGAUGGCUAUCCCGGCAUCGCGCACGGCGGCAUGAUUGCAGUGCUCAUCGACGAGGUACUAGGUGUCCUGAUUCAAAUAAAUAUGGACACAGACAGAGAUGAUCCAGUCUUCAAGAUGAACACGGUGACCUCGUCGAUGGACAUCAAAUAUCUCAAGCCGAUUACUACGCCAGGGGUCGUGCUGGGAGUCGGGCAAAUCAAAGAGAUUCGUGGAAAGAGAUUGCAUCUCAGGGCGAUAAUCAAAGAUUCAAGUGGGGUAAAUCUGGCUACUUGUGACUCUGUGUGGAUCGGGAUCCCAAGGGUGAAGAUGUGA